GGGAAAGGUCGUCGACAAAACUUAACACUAAUAAUUUACAGAGGUGAUAUGGAGAUGUGUUACUAUGAGCCACGCUACUGGGGUCUUGAUCCUCUCUUCUCCUCCAAGAUGAAGCUCAAUGUGUGUGAUGUUCUAUCCUUGAAGUAUUAUCCUGGUUUCCAAGAUAUCUACUGCAUACUCAACCAUGCUAUUGGGCAGGUCCACAUAAUGGGAGAUGUCCUCUCUGCAGUCAAGAAGACCAGGCUGAUCCAAUACGAAGUUGAUGAUGGGACUGGGGUAAUCAACUGCACUCAAUGGAGGAAAGCGGACGACAGUGAUGAAGGUCUUUGUGUGGCCAGUCAGGGACAAUUGGUCUCAGUGUUUGGGAAAGUGUCAGAGUUCAGAAAUAUGAAACAGUUGACUGUCACUGGUAUCUGCCCGGAGCCUGAUCCCAAUGUAGAGCCUUUGUUCUGGCUGGAGGUGAUCAAGCUGAAGAGAGGUGUCUAUUCUAAACCAUUCCAGCUUCCUCCAGGCAUUAACACAAGCAUCACCUCAGCUACACUGUGCUUGCAAGAACUAGUGUACUCUGAAUUGAAGAAAUGGGUCUUAACUGAAUAUCCAAGCAAGAACUUUAGUCUGGGAGAGCUUGAAGCUGACACAUCCUUUAUUGAGGUGUGUAUGAGGACACUACAGGACCAGAGCAGGAGCCACUCUAGGGCAGAGGUGGAGAGAGGUGUCAUAGCAUGCAUAACCAAGCUCAAGGAGGACGGUGUUAUAGUGUCUACUGGGACCACUGGAAACAGGAGAGAGAUGUUGUAUAAGAUAUUCUCUGCAGAAAAGGAUCUCUUUCCCGUUGUCCUCAGUUAUUUGGCGAGAAGACAACAAAGUUUGAGUAAGCCAUAUAAGACAUGUUGGCCAGUGUGUACUAUGCUGUGUACUGCAGAGGUGCUCCAGCUUGGUGUCCCUGAGGCAUGGAUUAUUGAGGCUGUCCAGCAGUGUGGCAGUUUAAGACUAGUGCCCAGAGCUGUGGUUGUGACUGCCAUUAAUGCCAUGGUGGACAAGAGCUUGAUCUACCCACAGGCACCAAGGUCAUACAAACUUGUCUAGCUCACUUGUGCAAUGUUUUAUUUUUGUCAACGUUAUAUUGCUUGUUUCAAUGAAUACACAGUCUUCAC